AUGGUGUUCAACAUGCUCGUCGCUUUAUUCAUCCUAAUCGCUCCUACCGUAGCCCUGCCGAGGCUUAGGGACUCAUUUGAUGAGCCGACAGCGUCACAUUCAAAAUCACUUCCAAAUGACCACAUCAAUCCAUUUUUCGCUUUCAAUGAAGACGAAGUCCCACGAAUGGCGCCUGUAUAUCUUGACGAUGAAGUUGUUCCCCCAAAGAAGAAGACCGAGAAACUUCCAAUGCAGAAAAUUCCCAAACACCAUGUCUUCAAUGAGGAUCGACCUAUUCCUGAUGUAAUGCCCUCACUACCAAUUCCAAAGAGUGCCGAAUUCCUCGAGCCUCAGCCUGGUGUUGCGCCAAAAUUCACGGGAUCAGUUGAGAAGGAGCCAUCCAGCACGGCCGCGGACUUCGAUUAUUUCAGCUUUGGCGAAGGCGAAGGUCCCGUGACGAAUCCAGCAGCUACGUAUCUUGCCGGAGGAGAUUUUGAAAAGGUUUCCGCGCCAAAGUGCACUAUGCUUGGCUGCACUGGACCUUUGCCAAAUGACGGCAGUUUCUCGAUCGAUCCCCCAAAAUCAAAGGGAAAAUCAUGCCAUCAAACAUUUGUUCCAAUGAAUGGAUGCACGAGCAACAAGGGCUACCCGAUGGGUAUGCUCUGCUCAAUCUGUUGCGACUGCACUGCCAGUUUUGUCAGAGAAAUGAAGAAGACCCACGGCUAUAAGAUCAACUACCCUGCCUAA